CAAUGCAUCUGACAUAACUUGGAGCUUUCCAGGGUCGAGACAAUGAACGUGCACUCGCCUCCGAGGAGGAGACUCCGGCGCGGCCGCGUCGCCUUCUUCAUCUCAGGUGUGCUGCUGUGCUUCGUCUACACGCUGUCUCUGAGGGCCAGGCUGUCGGAGCCGCCAGCCUCCGCCCAGACUGGCAACGGCGGCAGCAUGGAGGUCAACAUCCGGGAGGUGAUGGCUACCAAUGAAACGCAGGAGGAGGCGGAGGUGGGGGUGGAGGUGGAGGUGGAGGUCUCACCUCAGAGCACCAGACCUCCUCUUGUGAUAAUCGUCAACAGGACGGACAUCGAGCAGUGCAUCUAUGUGGAUCCCCAGCCUCCCAAACCGCCUCCGACGCCCCCUCCUCCAACCACCCGCGCCCCUCCGCCGCCCCCGCACAGGAAGGGCGAGUACCCUCAGGACCUGUUCUCGGUGGAGCAGCGGCAGCAGGGCUGGGUGGUCCUGCACGUUCUGGGCAUGACCUACAUGUUCGUGGCCCUGGCCAUCGUCUGCGACGAGUUCUUCGUGCCGGCGCUGGAGGUCAUCACCAACAAGCUGGAGAUCUCCGACGACGUGGCCGGGGCCACCUUCAUGGCGGCCGGCGGCUCGGCGCCCGAGCUCUUCACCUCGCUGAUCGGCGUCUUCAUCUCCCACAGCAACGUGGGCAUCGGCACCAUCGUGGGCUCGGCGGUCUUCAACAUCCUGUUCGUGAUCGGCAUGUGCGCCAUCUUCUCCAGGGAGAUGCUGCACCUCACCUGGUGGCCCCUGUUCAGGGACGUGACCUUCUACAUCCUGGACCUCAUCAUGCUCAUCAUCUUCUUCCUGGACAACGUGAUCCUGUGGUGGGAGAGCGUCAUGCUGGUGCUGGGCUACGUCAGCUACGUGGGCUUCAUGAAGUUCAACAGUCAGAUCGAGCAGGUGGUCAAGACGCAGAUCAACAAGCACAUGAGUAUCGUCAAGGUGUGGACGGCAGAGGAGCCCGAGAAGGACAGUGAAGCACCUCCUCCUCCUCCUCCACCUCCCCCUCCAGCUGCUGCUCCGGCCUCCUCCGCUGCUCCUGCAGCUCCUCCACCAAAACCUGAAGAAAAACCCAAACCAGAAGCCUCACAGCCUCCCGGCACGCCUCAGCGCGGCAAAGCACCGGAUCCAGAGGACAAAUCAAGACUCAGGGUGCGUCCAGUCCUGCAGCGAGGCGGCAGCUCCGCCUCCCUCCACAACACCUCGCUGCGGAGCACCAUCUUCCAGCUGAUGAUCCACACCCUGGACCCCCUGGGAGAAGAAGCAGCUCUUAGAGAGAACAUUAAAACUCCCGGUCCGAGGAAAGCCAGGAGAGAGACCUCUUUUAAUGGCGAUGUGAGAGGCGAAGGGCUGCUGCAGAGGAAAGCAAAAAACAAAGUAAAACCUCUGAAUGAGCCGGUGACGGGAGCACAACAGGGCAAGUCACUUCACCACAGCGCCGAAGAUGCCGAUAACAAACCAAAGUCCGAACAGCCCCCCUCUGCUGCCGCUGCCUCCUCCGGUGGACCAGCGGGGGGCGCCGCUCCCGAGCCGUCCACCUCGCAGCCUCCAAACACUGAAGAGACGCCUCAGAAGACGUCCGAGCAGCCGGAGGAGUCAAAGGCGGCAGCAGACGGGGCAUCGGAGGGCUCGGGGGGCAGCAGUGACGGCGAGGGCAGCGAGGAGGAGAGCAGCGACUCCGGCGGGAGCGACGACGACGAAGAGGACGACGCUGAGAACAAGGAGGAAGAGGAGAAGGAGGAGGAAGAGGAGGAGAAUGAGCCCCUGUCUCUGGAGUGGCCCGAAACCAGGCGGAAGCAGGCCACCUACCUGUUCCUGCUGCCCAUCGUGUUCCCGCUGUGGCUCACGCUGCCCGACGUGCGCAACCUGGCGUCCAGGAGAUACUUCGCCGUCACCUUCGUCGGCUCCAUCUUGUGGAUCGGAGUGUUCUCCUACCUGAUGGUGUGGUGGGCCCAUCAGGUGGGGGAGACGGUGGGCAUCUCGGAGGAGAUCAUGGGUCUGACCAUCCUGGCGGCCGGGACGUCCAUCCCCGACCUGAUCACCAGCGUCAUCGUGGCCCGGAAGGGCCUGGGAGACAUGGCCGUGUCCAGCUCGGUGGGAAGCAACAUCUUCGACAUCACGGUGGGGCUUCCCGUCCCCUGGCUCAUGUACAUGCUGUUCCACAACGGGGAGCCGGUGGCCGUCAGCUCCAACGGCCUGUUCUGCGCCAUCGUGCUGCUCUUCCUCAUGCUGCUCUUCGUCAUCAUCUCCAUCGCCGCCUGCCGCUGGAAGAUGAGCCGCAUGCUGGGCCUCACCAUGUUCGUACUGUACUUCGUGUUCCUGGUCCUCAGCGUGCUGCUGGAGGAUCGCAUCCUCACCUGCCCCGUCUCCAUCUGA